GCUCGCAGAGUGGGAGCGCAGUCGCAGGUUCUCCACCGGCUGGUGCAGACUGUGUACCGUCACUCUGCCACGUCUGGGAUCAUCCAUUAUAUAGACGCGAGACUUAACAAAACCAUCUCAUUCAGCCGCGGGUCCAGAUUGUUUUCUUUUACUUCUUUUGUGCUCUCUUCACCCCCCCGAUCAGGCUUAACCCUGCGUUUUUUGUAAAGGUGAUUGUUGGCGCGCAUCAUCGCGGGAGCCAAAAAGAGGUUUGCCACUUUCCUAUAGGAGACUGCAGGGUGCCCAAGCGUCAUGACAGCUGAGAAGAGUGGGCCUGUUAUAAACGGUAAACCAGAGGAUGGCAGAGACCCGGAGGGAUCUAGCUCCAGCCUAGACAAUGGAGACUACAAUGAGAGGGGCCACUGGAACAACAAGAUUGAGUUUGUCCUCUCUGUGGCUGGAGAGAUCAUUGGGCUCGGCAACGUCUGGAGGUUUCCUUACCUCUGCUACAAGAAUGGAGGAGGUGCCUUCUUUGUUCCGUACGUCAUCUUCUUCAUCUGUUGCGGUAUCCCCGUUUUUUUCCUGGAAACGGCCCUGGGUCAGUUUACCAGUGAGGGAGGCAUCACCUGCUGGAGAAAAGUCUGCCCGCUAUUUGAGGGUAUUGGCUAUGCAACUCAGGUGAUUGAAGCACAUCUCAACGUGUACUAUAUAGUGAUCCUAGCCUGGGCCAUUUUCUACCUCUUUAAUUGCUUCACCACUGAGCUGCCAUGGGCUGGCUGUGGACACUACUGGAAUACAGAAAACUGCAUUGACUAUUAUGGAGAGAAUGCUACCAACAUUACAAACCCAAACGCAACUUCUCCUGUCAUUGAGUUUUGGGAACGCAGAGUGCUAAAGAUUUCAGAUGGUAUUGAGCACAUGGGGGGGAUGCGCUGGGAGCUGGCCAUGUGUCUGGCUCUGGCCUGGUUCAUCUGCUACUUCUGCAUCUGGAAGGGACCCAAAUCAACUGGCAAGGUUGUGUAUGUGACGGCUACUUUUCCUUAUGUCAUGCUGUUGAUCCUGCUGAUCAGAGGAGUCACACUGCCUGGAGCUUUUGACGGCAUCAGGUUCUACCUCUACCCUGAUAUUUCACGUCUCUCUGACCCUCAGGUAUGGGUGGAUGCAGGAACCCAAAUCUUCUUCUCCUAUGCCAUCUGCCUGGGUUGUCUCACUGCUCUUGGAAGUUACAAUGCCUAUGACAACAACUGCUACAGGGACUGCAUCAUGCUGUGUUGUUUAAACAGUGGUACCAGUUUUGUGGCAGGUUUUGCCAUCUUCUCUGUACUGGGCUUCAUGGCCUAUGAACAAAAUGUCCCCAUCGAGGCUGUGGCAGAAUCUGGUCCUGGUCUUGCAUUCAUUGCAUAUCCCAAAGCUGUAACUAUGAUGCCUCUGUCUCCACUUUGGGCUUGUCUCUUCUUUAUGAUGCUGAUCUUCCUCGGCUUGGACAGUCAGUUUGUGUGUGUGGAGAGUUUAGUGACAGCUGUGGUGGACAUGUACCCAGAGACCUUCAGAAGAGGCUACCGCAGGGAGCUGCUGAUUCUUGGCAUGUCUGUGGUCUCCUUCUUCAUAGGACUCAUCAUGUGUAUGGAGGGAGGAAUGUACGUCUUUCAACUGUUUGAUGCGUAUGCUGCCAGCGGGAUGUGUUUGCUCUUUGUGGCCAUAUUUGAGUCCAUAUGUAUCGGUUGGGUGUACGGUAGUGACAGAUUCUACCUAAAUAUUGAGGAUAUGAUUGGCUACAAACCCAUCUUCUUCAUCAAAUGGUGUUGGAUGAUCCUAACCCCAGGCAUCUGUGCUGGAAUUUUCCUGUUCUUCUUGAUUAAAUACAAACCUCUGAAAUACAACAACGUGUACACCUACCCUGACUGGGGCUAUGGUAUCGGCUGGUUCAUGGCCAUGUCCUCGAUGGUGUGUAUCCCACUGGGGAUUAUCUGGAUGAUCUGGAAGACUCCAGGCACCUUUUCUGAGAGAAUAAAGAAGUUGACCACUCCCAGCCGGGACCUGAAAAUGAGAGGGAAAAAUGCUGCACUGAGUCCAUAUGCUGCCAAUGACGCAAAACUUAAAGUCGAUGGCAAAAUAUCCACCAUUUCAGAGAAGGAGACGCAUUUCUAACUGACGGCCUGACUGAAUGACCAAGCUGCUUGUUGUCUUGAAAGAAUCCAACAAAUGGAAACCACAACAACAUUAUCAGCCACUACACUGAAGAGGAAAAAAUUCCCUUCAUGCUAUUUUUGUUUUGUAAAAAGAAAAAAAAGGGGGGGAAGGGGGAAAUCACAUGAUUGACUAGUUUGCUUUUGUUUUGCACAAACUUUAAAUAACACAUUUGUUGUUUUCAAUUAACAUUGUAACUAAGCAGCUUAUUUCAUCUUUUAUAACCAUUAAUAUUUGAAGAUGUGUUUGAUGACAUGCAGUAAAUGGUAAAACUUGUCCUGGUGAUGGUCACACUGUCUGUGCCUAUAAAACAAGGUACUUUAAAAACAAUACCAGCGUGUUGUGUUGUGCAAGGCUUACACUGUACAUUUAUUGGCAAAAUGCUGUGCCUCUGUUUUAGGUAAGACAAUAUAUUUUGGCUUACCUUUGGCUACCCCACUCACCCCCAUCCCACCAAAAAGACGUGCAGCUUGGGGGCCAUUCUACAUAGUUCUGUUUGCUAAGGAAGGAUGCUGCAGAAUGUCUUAUACCGAGGUGAUAGGAUGGCUCUGAAUACCCCUGCUAGUAAAAUCUUAGAGAAUUUUACCACUGAAAUCUCAGAUACUAUCUGAACCAGCUGUGACUGAGUGCUGUUGAACUUUUAUACAUCUCUUUAGGUCAGCAUGA